AUGCUUGUGUCUCGAAUUUGUUUACCUCCAGCGCUUACCACCUCUUCCACCACCACCGUCCCCCCACCUCCUGCCUGCAGCCGUAGUGCGCCAGCAACCGUUCACAGCACCAAUCAGUGGCUCACUGAGCUCGAAUUUAGUGAAACAAAACUGGAAGCUUUGGCUUUGAAACUGCUCUGUGAAGGCUUAAAAGAUCCAAAUUGCGAAGUACAGAAUCUCAAGUUGUCUGCUAGUUUUCUCCCUGGAAGCUCAGAGACUAUUGGCAGAUAUCUUGCCUCUGUUCUCAUUUGCAAUCCAAACCUCACCGAGCUGGACCUGAGUGAAAAUCCCCUGGGGGACACAAGGGUUAAGUAUCUCUGUGAGGGUCUCAGACAUUCGAACUGUAAGGUGAAGAAGCAAGAAGUUGCUGCUGCCAAGGAUUAUGGGAACCCUAAGUCCUCCUUCACAUCAGAAGUGCUGAACUGCCCAGGAAGACUUGAGUCAGUGGAAGAGGCUUUGGAGGUGGGGGUGCUGGUGCCUCCCAGUGGCCCAACACCUGGGGCCAAGAAGGGACCCCAGAAUGUGGUCUGUCUUGGUCAAGUUAAUGGAGUGCAAGUGACCAUCCCAGACAGUUUUGUGAAUGUGACUGUUGGAUCUGAUGUCACUCUCAUCUGCACCUACACCACCACUGUGGCCUCACUGAACAAGCUCUCCAUUCAGUGGACAUUCUUCCAUAAGGAGGAGUCACAACCAGUUUCUCACAGCCCAUGCCUCAAUAUUGAGAAAAAGGCAGUCAGUCAGUGUCUAAAACUGGUGCAUGCAAGAGAUGCUUGGGGAAGAUGUAGUUGGACCUCUCAGAUUUACUAUUCUGAAGGUGGACAAGCUACAGCCAUAGGAAAAUUUAAAGAUCGCAUUGUAGGGUCCAACGCUUCAGGUAACGCAUCCAUCACCAUCUCGCAUAUGCAGCCAGAAGACAGUGGCAUCUACGUCUGUGAUGUUAACAACCCCCCUGACUUUUUCGGCAAAAAUCAAGGCACCAUCAGUGUCAGCGUGUUAGUCAAACCUUCUAAGCCCUUCUGCAGCAUCCAAGGAAUAGCAGAAACUGGCCAUCCUAUAUCUCUUACUUGCCUUUCGGUGCUUGGAACACCUUCCCCUGUGUACUACUGGUAUAAACUUGAAGGAAGAAACAUCGUCCAGGUGAAAGAAAACUUCAACCCAGCCACCGGGAUUUUGUUUAUUGGAAACCUGACCAGUUUUGAACAAGGUUAUUACCAGUGCACCGCUAUUAACAUCCUUGGCAAUAGUUCCUGUGAAAUUGACCUAACUACUUCAUAUCCAGGAACUGGAAUCAUUGUUGGGGCCUUUGUGGGGACCCUGAUAGGUGUCAUCAUUAUCAUCUCUGUGGUAUGGUUCGUGAGGCGUAAGGUAAAGGCGAAGGGGAAGGAAAGGAAGAGGAAUUCUAAAACCACCACAGAACUCGAACCAAUGACAAAGAUAAACCAAAGAACAGAGGGUGAGACAAUGCCACAUGAUGAUGUCAUCCAACUCGAAGCUGCCCUUCCGUCUUCCAUCCAUGAGACUGAGCCUGAUACCACCCUGGGGCCAGAUCAUGAGCCUGUCCCCGAGCCUGAGCCUGCCUUGCAGCCUACUGUGGAGCCACCCUCUGGGCCUGAGCUUGUCCCCAUGUCUGAGCUCGAGAUCCAGCUGGAGCCGGAGCCUGCGCCCCAGCAGGAGCCCCAGCCCUUGAUUGUAGAUGAGCCAUUUUCUGAUGAGGAGAAGGGGGAGAUUAAGCCAUAG